AGUUCAUUGCAGCGCGGAGCAAGUUGAAUUCUAUACUGGAAUGGCAAUGGCAGAAAUAAUGUCCCCGGAAUUGUCUCAGGGACAAGGACAAGGAAAGCAGAACCAACUCAACGACUUAGAAUCAGAUUCGGACCAAGAGGAAGAUCAUGCGGCGACCACCGGGACUGAACCGGCUGUUGCUGGCUCUUUUCUCCGCGCGCAGGUCAUCCAUAGCGGACACUUUAUGGUGUCCUCCCCGCACAGCGACUGCACGCCGCGGAGACGGAAAAGCGGAGCUACUGUGCGAUAUGAUUUCGAUACCGUGAACAGGACUUGGUGUCAAACAUACAGAUUCGGUCCGCUAAGUUCUGGGAGCCUUAGCAUCGACCCAACGCUGACCCGGUUAUUUGAGUGCAUGUCACUGGCUUACAGUGGUAAAAUAGUCUCUCCGAAGUGGAAGUCUUUCAAAGGCCUGCGGCUGCUCUGGAGAGACAAAAUCCGUCUGAAUAAUGGAAUCUGGAGAGCCUGGUUCAUCCAGUACGUGGAGAAGAGGAAGAACCCUGUGUGUGGGUUUGUCACCCCACUGGAGGGCUCCGAGGCCGACGCCCAUCGCAAACCUGAAGCUAUAGUUCUAGAAGGCAGCUACUGGAAGCGUAGGAUCGAGGUAGUGAUCAAAGAAUACCACAAGUGGAGGAUCUACUACAAGAAGAGGCUUCAGAAAAACAAAGAUGGCCUUUUGUCAAUGCUACAGAAGGGUCAGAUCUGCAGGGCGGAGCUGGAGAAAUGGUCCAGUCAGAUGUACCAGGAGCCUGAGGUCAUGCCAGAGGAGGUCCACAUGUUUGACCUGGACUGCUUUCUGUCCGACAUCUCUGACACUCUGUUCACCAUGACCCAGAAGCCCUGCCCGUGGGCCAACGACCGGCACAACACGUACACCAGCAAUGCUGACAUGAUCCAGCCAGGUCUCACCCCACUGCAGCCCAAUCUAGACGACUUCAUGGAUAUCCCAGAUAUCUUUAUGAGCUACCGGGGUCAGUCAUUGGAGCAGGCUGCUUAUGCUGACUGUGGCUACUUUGAGAGCUCCUCCAGCGGGGCUUUCCCCUCUGUGUCCAGCCCUGUGGUCACCGUUCCACAGCUACACGUCGACACUCAACUAGCUCAGUCCAACCUCUCAUCUGACAGCCUGUCUCAGCCCUCUUCAUCCAACUCUCUGUCAGGCCCUGGCUAUCACAGACAACCCCUGACCUCUGAAAUGACCUUCAACCCCACUAACAACCCCAAGUUCAAAGGUCACCAACAACAGGAUUACCACAGCGAGUACCAUACUCCCAGCAUGGUAUCAGGGACCAUGCCCUCCUAUGGACACCAGACUUACUCCGGCGCCGCCGUCUCCAUCGCAACCACCAACAUACAACAGCAGCCCGUCUCCCCAGGAGACGGAACCUUUUUGUAUCCGCCUCCCUGUCACAAGUACGGUUACCACGCCACCACUGCCAGCUCAGUGACCUCUACCGUCAUCACCCACACGGGAUCCACUAUGGGUGGCAGUAUUCUGGGAUCGGAUCCCCAGGGUCAUCACGGGUACUCCACCACGGGAGACAUGUACUCGCCAACAUCCUGCCUCUCUCAGGGGUACUCGUCCGUGGUCUCGGCCCCGGCCCUCCCCUCUCUCAGUGUACCUCCUCACUGCUUCUCAGCUCCACAGCAGCCGGGUGUGGCGGGUGGUAGACGGGGGAAGCACAAGCAGAAGACAGCAGUGGGGGUGCAGAUGGGGUCCCGUCUGUCCACCCCUCAGACGGCUCCCCCCCAGACCAGCUUCCUGGCAAAACUACUGUCCUCCAGCACGCAAGAACGCAAACCAACGCUGGGAUUCGAUGCAACUUUAGUAGCAACCAAAGGGCACAGGUCAACCUCUCCCAACUCUCCACAUUCGAGCAGCAGCAUGCGCAUCGGAGGAGUGUCUGGAUCUCAGCUGCAGCCUGGGUCUCCCUGGCCCUCAGGGAUCCCACUUCUUACACCAAUUCACUGCCAGACGUCCACCCACAGCCACGCCGGUCUAUACGCUAGUACCUCCCAGGGAUCUGCCGUCUCUGCUCUCCUCACCCAGGGCUCAACACACCCCAACAUACCUCUCCUCAUCCCCAAGACAGAAAAACUCUCCCCUGUACAGAUCUAUGGUUCUGAGAGAACUAGUUUAACAGUGAGCUUCUCGGGACACUCAGGGCAGAUGUCCCCAACCAACUUUCUAGAGAGGGCAUCCAACACUGAGUCUCCGCACUCCUUACCUGGACAUUCCAAAAUGGAGUCAAACAAGACAGAGACCAGGAGGAUAACUCACAUCUCUGCUGAGCAGAAGAGACGUUUCAACAUCAAGCUAGGCUUUGAUACUCUACACAGUCUCGUCACCACACUAAGCUCUCAGCCAAGUAUAAAGAUCAGCAAGGCCACAACGCUACAUAAGACAGUCGAGUACAUCAGUAAGAUGCAGCAGGAGAGAUCUCAGCUACAUGAGGAGGCUCAGAGACUCAGGGACGAAAUUCUGCUCCUCAACUCUGCCAUCAAUGUAUGCCAGCAGCAGCUGCCUGCCACUGGUGUGCCCAUUACCCGUCAACGCUUCGACCACAUGAGGGAGAAGUUCAGAGAGUACGUCCGGGCACAGACACUACAGAACUGGAAGUUUUGGAUCUUCAGCAUUAUCAUAGAGCCCUUGUUUGAGUCCUAUAACGGGAUGGUGUCCACAGCCAGUGUUGAGGAUCUUUGUCGCACCACUCUGUCCUGGCUGGACCAGCACUGCUCUCUGCCUGCCCUCAGACCCAUGGUCCUUAGUUCACUCCGUCUCCUGAGCACCUCCACGGCCAUCCUGACAGACCCCAGCCUGGUGCCAGAGCAGGCCACCCAGGCGGUCACCCAGGCUAAGGGCCUCCCCCACCCUCACCUCCCUGGCCAACCCCAGGACCACUGAGAGACCGUAGCCUGCUCCCCAAGCAAGCCACCCAGGUUGCCACCCAGGGCCUCCCCCACCCUACCCAUCCCCAGGACCACUCCCCCUCCACGUGGCCCAUUGACAGGGAAAACACACAGCCUAUGUGACCCUAUGGAACAUUAUAAUACCCUGUAACACAAAAGCCCAGUGACCCUAUUAAACAUUUUGAAUACCGUAGAUGGAAAACCAAACGGUGCCAAAGGAUCACAGAGCUGAACCCACUUUCAAGCACUUUCAAGCUUUCAAAAUAACUAUAUGAUUCUUGGAGGGACCAGAACAUUUCUAUCCUUUACAAAAGGGAUCAUGUAUAUAAGGAGGACUGGAGGUUCAGCAAGGAGGAACUUGAUACUUAAUCCCAGACCAACACCCACCACCUCACCAUUUCCUGAUGAACCAAUGUACUCGAACGAGCACAAAACAUUCCAAAAACUAUAAUCUUAGUUAUAUUCUUAGCUAUAACCUUUAUAUAAGGUGACUUCAUAUAAUGCACUUUUAGGGGUGAUUUUAUAGCGCUGAAAUAAUUUUGAAGUGACCAUUUUUGUGUUCUGUUGUCCCAAUAAAAAAUUCAAAUGAGGGAAGAGAAAUUGAACGGGGGUGCUUUUCAAUCCACAUAGGCUACUAUAUCUGUGAAUUAAUUAUGUGACUAAUUAUAUCCUGUAGUUAUAUCAUUUUGAAAUGACAUAUGGUAACACAGCUGCCAAAGGUAUUUAACUACUCUGUGCUAAUUGUCUAUCUCAGGUUAUGAUUGUAUUGUAUAUUGGAAGUAUGGUCAUAUCCAACAACACACUAUCCCCUGCUUAAUAAAACUCUGUCUUGAAGGCAAAUAGAUGAGCCAUAUGUUUCCUACAGGCACGCUAAUAUUUCGAUAUUAAUCUGAUAAUGGCAAUACUCUGAGUUUGGCAUUAGUCAUUUUAACGCCUUACUCUGAUUAUGUUUAUUGGAGUAAGGUCAUAAUCUAUGCAUAAACCGAUUAAAACACCUGGAUUUUCAGCUCUUUCAAACAUGUAAACCACACAGAUCCUAUUACAUUUCUUUAUAUAGGAUUCAAUAUGAUGUAAACACAUUAAAGGGUAAAUCUACAGUUGAAACAAUAAC